AGGGAGGCCGGAGAAAGUCCGCCCUUUCAACGCCGCUAUUGGCUCCGCGCCUGAGGGAGACGCUGGUACCGCAGCCGCCGCUAUGGAAGCGCCGGAGGGGGACGGGCCCGCCGGAUACUUUUCUGUGCCCCCCAGCUCGCCCCGCGGCUCCCCGGCCGUGCCCGCCCCCACCCGCCGCCGCGCCUUCCUCUGGUGCCGCGAGUUUCUGGCCGGAGCCUGGCGCCGCCUGGCGGGCCCCGAAGAGCUCGGCAUCGUCCCGGUCAGCGGAGGGCUUAGCAACCUCCUGUACAGGUGCACGCUGCCUGAUCACAUUGAAGCCACAGAGGAUGAGCCACGCCAGGUCCUGCUACGUGUCUACGGGGCCAUCCUUCAGGGAGUCGACUCACUGGUCCUUGAGAGCGUCAUGUUUGCCAUCCUGGCCGAGCGGCAGCUGGGGCCACGGCUCUAUGGCAUCUUCCCGCAGGGGCGCUUGGAAGAAUACAUCCCGAGCCGCCGCCUGCUCACGGAAGACCUGCCGGACCCCAGCAUAUCGGGGGAGAUUGCCAUGAAGAUGGCUCGCUUCCAUGGCAUGGUGAUGCCCUUCAACAAAGAGCCCAAGUGGAUGUUUGGGACAAUGGAGAGGUACUUGAAGCAGAUCUCCGAGCUCACCUUCCCCCAGGAGGAUCAGCUGCAGAAGCUCAACAAGCUCAAGGCCUACGACUUAGAGGCAGAGAUGCGAAGCCUCCGGGCUCUGCUGGAGGCCACUCCGUCUCCUGUGGUUUUCUGCCACAACGAUGUGCAAGAAGGGAAUAUCCUGCUGCUGGCUGGGCGCACGGGCCCCUCCAACCGCCUCAUGCUGAUUGACUUUGAGUACAGCAGCUACAACUAUAGGGGCUUUGACAUCGCAAAUCACUUCUGCGAGUGGGUGUACAACUAUGCCCACGACCAGUGGCCUUUCUACAAGUCGAGCCCAGAAAACUACCCUAGCCAGCCCCAGCAGCUGCAUUUCAUCCGGUGCUACCUGGCAGAGGCAGCUGGGAAGGAGGCACCCCCCUCACCUGGAGAGCAGGAGCGCAUCGAGGCAGAGAUGCUCCUUGAGAUCAGCCGGUUCGUGCUGGCCUCCCACUUCUUCUGGGGCCUGUGGUCCAUCUUGCAGGCCAAGAUCUCCACCAUUGAGUUUGGCUACCUGGAGUACGCGCAGUGCCGCUUUGAAGCCUAUUUCCAGCAGAAGGCGCUGUGUGCCUGACCCCGUCCACCCUGCCUUCAGCUGGCCUUGGCCUGGCCUGGCUCGCGUGCAGGGUAUCCGUUUGACGUGGACCUCAAGGGAUGUUGCCCGUGGACCAAAUUCUCCCCAUAGGCAGAAGGGCUGGCCGGCCAGUCCCCUUGCCGCCACUGCCGCUGCCACACACACUGUGCUUCUGGUGGGACUUGUUCAUGCCAGCUGCUGAGCUGGGAGGGGCCGCGCCGGCUGGCGGCCUGUGGAACGGCUCAGGCUGGGCUUCCGCAGGGAAAGGCUUCUGGCCUCUGCCUGGGAGGGGCCCUUGGGGGAGGGGGACCAACAGAUCUCCGCACUUGGAGCAGGAAGGGGAUGGCUGAGCCCUACGGGCCACCCCUGCUUCCCUCUUGGCUUUCCGUGGCCGCUGCCACAGCUGGGCUCCUCCUCGGCUCUGCCCCAGAUGUAGACGAUGCGUGCGCAAGCUCAGUUCCACCCCGCCCCGGCUCAUCCUGUCAGGAUAUUUCUGUCCCUCCACCCCACCCCUUUCCUCUCUGCACCACAGAAAUGAUUCCUCACCCAGCCAUGACAGGCUUGGUUCUCUCGGGGCUCGUCCCACCCUUGGGUGGGGGGGGGGGUUUGCUGUGUGCAGCUGGCCCAGGGGCUGUGGCAGAGCUGCUCAGUCACUGGCGAGAGGAGCCCCCCCGCCCCUGCCCCACCCACUGCCUCGGGACCUCUUGCUUGUCGGCCCGGCAGCCCUGGUGUGCAGCCUCUGCCCACGGAUGCAGGGUCAGAGGUCAGAGCAGACGGGGCUGGCAGUGGCUCCUGUGAGCAGCAGGGAGAAGCGGGGGGGUGGGGGCAGGUCUGGAGUUUGCAGGAGCCCAAGAGGAGGGCGGGAGCUCUCCUGAGCCCCAGUGGAGGAGGCUUGCACCCUGCGAGCGUGGCCUGCCAGGGUGGGAGGGGGUGGGAUGGCAGGUGGGUCUGCCUGCUCGGGACUGUGGUCCCAAGAGAGGAGCACAGGCCACAGUCGCCCUCUCUCCUGGCGUACUUGGGGUUUGUACCCUUCCUUGGGAAAGGGCUUGGCUUGUGGUGCCUAUUUGCAGGGCGGGGGGAGAGGGACCCUUGGCCCUUGUUGGCGCUCUCAUUGUUCUUUGCCUGCAUGUCCAGCGCAGGGCUUGGUACUGCAGGGGCUGUGCCCUGCCCGCCCGCCGGCCGCCUUCUCUUGGGGUGCAUCUUGCCCUCCGCCAUUGCUCCGGAACCAUGGAAUGUCAUCUCUGCCUCUGCCAAUAAAUGCCUGGCCCUUGGGGGCCCCAGCA